GGGUGAGGUAGCAAGACCAGGGAUGCCCGUUGACAGGAUGAGGAUGAGGCCCUGGUUGGAGCUGAAACUCAACUCGGGAUCCGAUCCCUGCCUUUCGUGGAUUGACAAAGAGAAGGGAAUCUUCAUGGUGUCUUGGAGGCACGCGUCACGGAGUGGCUGGAACGAGAGCACAGACGCCUCCAUCUUCAGGGAGUGGGCGAUUCACACUGGCAAGUUCCGCGAGGACCACGUCGACCCGAAGACGUGGAAGGCGAACUUCCGCUGCGCUCUGCACUCGCUCUGCGACGUCCGCGAGCGUCGCGACCUGAGCACGCGUCGGGGCGGCCAGGCUGCUCGGGUCUACGUCAUGCUCGCUCCACCGACACCCAAGAAGACGAGUAAAAUGAAGUACCGGAAUAGAAAACGAGAGAUGCCACAGGAGGAAGAUGUGGAGCCAACUCAGCAAGAUAUCUCUCGCCACUCUCCUCGCCCACACACUCCUCACCACUCCUCUAGCCUGCACACUCAACUAUCGCCUCACCACUCCACCCACCCACACAUUGCUAAACUCUCUCCUCACCACUCAUCUCACGCAUGCAAUUCUCAACACUCAUCUCACCUGCACACUCAACUCUCUCCUCAACACUCCACUCACUCAGACACUCCUCAGCUGUCUCCUCACCACCCCUCUCACCCACGCAAUCAACUAUCUCCUCACCACUCCUCACACCAACACACUCCACUAUCUCCUCACCACCCUACUCACCACUCCUCACACCAACACCCUCCUCACCACUCCGCUCACCACUUCUGUAACUCGGAAACUACUUUUUGCUCUUCUUACCUGGAAAAUCCUCAUUUCUCGUUAUACACGGACACUCCUCACCACGCUCACCAAUGGAAGACCCCUCCUCACCACUCUCUCUACUCUCACACUAACCCUCUCUCUCUUCUUGAGAGCCCCGAGCUCCUUACCCCGGCUUCGGCAAGCUUCUGCUCCUCACCAGGUGGGGAGGACUCCGCGCGGAGCGACGCCCUGGGCUUCCGGCUGCAGAUCUCAGCCUCGUACACAGUUCUGCAGGGGGGAGGAGGGGCAGAACCGGAAGUGGCCUCGGACGAUGACGUCAUCGAGCUGGUCGAUCACCUGCGCCAACUCCACGAGACGGCGUGGGAGCCACGACUGGUGCCGUGGUCUGCACCGUACUGAGAGUGAUGUACAGAGGGAGAGAUGUAUAUAGACAUAUACGCGUAUAUAUACUCAGAUGUAUAUUUAUAUAUGUAUAGAGAUAUAGAUGUAUACAUACCGAUGCGUAUAUACAGAAAUAUCCUGUAUACAGAUAGAUGUAUAUACAAAGAUGUAUAAAGAUAGACAAAGAUGAAUUUAUGUAUGUACAUAGAGAUAUAUAGAGAUGCAUCGUGAUAUAUAAUUCCAUUCAGAACCUCUCGACACAGAGACAUAUAUAUGGAACAAUUUCGAGAUAUACAGUGAGAUUUAUAUAUACACACACACGGCUAUGUACAGAGAUAACUAGAGAUGUAGGUAGAGUGUGCGAGAGUCCGAAUGGCCAAGUCGCUUGGUGUAGAGCAGGGGUGGACAACCUGUAAAAGACCAAAAGAGCCAAAAAUACACCAUAAGUUAUGCAAAAAGUGUGUGCAAAUGUAAGUGUAUAUAUAUUGACAGUUUUCUGCACAGCACGGGAGACAUUCAUUAUUCAUUGCUACUACUGUGAUAGCGCGUUCGACGUUAUGUCCCUUUGAUAGAGCUACAUGCCAGACUCAACACUGCUCAGACUCAACACAGACCCAUGGACUCACACUGCACCAUAGACUCAACACUGCACCAGAGACUCAACAUUGCCCAUAGAUGCAACACUGCCCAUAGACUCAGCACUGAGACCCAUAGACUCACACUGCACCAUAGACUCAACACUGCUCAUAGAUGCAACACUGCCCAUAGACUCAGCACUGAGACCCAUAGACUCACACUGCACCAUAGACUCAACACUGCCCAUAGAUGCAACACUGCCUCAUGCAACUUGAGACGCCUGUUGUCCACCGCUUGGUGUAGAGGCUCACGGUUCGAACCCCAUGGCUGCCCUGGGUAAUACCCCGCGGUGGCUAGGAGAUGUUAACUACCUCACCUGGCAUACAGGAGGCCGUGGGUUCGAUCCCAACCCUGACGCCUUCUGUAAGUUUGGAGUUUGCGACUGUCUCUCGCUCUCCCUUUGGUUGUGUGGCUUCUUCUCCAGGUGCUCCGGUUUUUCCCCGACACGUUUAGAAUUGACAUUCGUGCAUUCCGAGUAUUUGGCUGCUACGAUAAAUCUCCACACGACGAUGAUAUCGGCCACUUGGUUGACCUAUCACUUGUGAUGGCCAGGGUCGCUUCUGAAAAAGAGCUCCACGGGUCAGUGGGUCAUUUCACCUGGUAAAAUAAAAUAGUUAAAUAGUUUAAAUACCACAGGUGUACCGAGCCGCACGCAUGCACUUAAGAUUUAACACAAACUCGAAGAUAACUUUGUUCGUAAUCACUCGGGGAACACUGGACGUGGUGCUCGUGGCUAAGGCAGAGUUUGUUACUGUCUGCCAAUGCCGAUCGAUGGUGGCGGUUGCUGAUGAUCAAUAAAAAUUUGGGAGCACGACU